AUGAAAGGAUUUAUCGGAAUACUCGCCUUGGCUUACUUGUUCCACUAUGCAGACGCUCAGAUCACUGCAUGGACGAUAACAACGGGCACUGUAGCUGGAACAAAUGGUGCAAUUGUUUCUGGUUCAGUCACCGCCGCGAUCUCGGAAACAAUCGCUGCCGGAGGAACGCUUUUCACUGCAGCCGCAACGGGAGUCGCAACGAUCGGUUCUCCAUACGCCAUUACCACCGGUAACACCGGUGAUGUGAUGGCGAUCAGUUCAACCGGUGUAGUCACAUUGGCUACCGGAAAGAGCCUCGACUUUGAAACCACGCCUAAAUAUACCUUAACAAUAACAGCAUUGGCUUCGAGUGGGGGUACAACAGGGACAUUGACUCUUACCGUCAACAUCAAAAACGUCCUCGAGUUCGGACAGAAGCAGUAUGGUGUAUGUAUGUCUGACGGAGCGACCGCAGACACGACUGUCGGGACCUACACCGUUUCGGACAAAACAUCUGGUACAACGCUUACCUACGACAUAGAUUCUGGAGACACAAACGAUUAUUUUACGAUCUCUUCCGCCGGCGUGCUUAAAGUAGCAACGGGAAAGACGUUGGCUCAGAAAACCACUGGUGGCUACGAACUGACGCUGUCGGUGACGGAAUCCGGAUCAGUCGCAGGCGAUGGAUUUACCACAGUCUGGAUUGCCGUGGGCACAUGCGGGAGCUCUGCAGUGCACGUGGCGGCGACUAUGGGGGUCACUUUGCUUGCACUGGUCGCUUCCGUUUUCGCAUAG